AUGUCUCUCCAGGCUGAGUUUGACAGUGCAGCAGAAAAUGUAAGACAAUUAAAGACCAAGUGACAAUGAACUGAGGGAGCUCUAUAGACUCUACAAUCUACUGUGGGAAACAUUAAUAUUGAAUGUCCAGGAAUGCUAGACUUGAAAGGCAAAGCCAAAUGGGAAGCUUGGAACCUUAAUAACGGUAUGUCAAAGGAAGAUGUCAUGAAAGCUUAUAUUUCUAAAGCAAAUGAUCUGAUGCAGAAAUAUGGAAAGUAGAGUACCCGCAAUUAUA